AUGAAGAAACAGAAACGGAGACAGACUAAAUCCAGAAGAAGAACUGUGGCACCGUCUCCAAGACGCUUCAAGAAACCUACCUGCAUAGCUCCACUACUGUUAAAAGUUUCAGGCACUUGUGUAGCUUUGCAGGUCCGGGCUUUGCUCACAGAAGAGCUUCUAGAGGAGACCAGACGAGAGAAAGAAGAGAGUCUGCGCCGAUUUCAGGAUGCAGUUUGUGAACGUGUGUCGCAGCAGGCCCGUCUGCGCAAACAACAGCAGCUACUGAAAUCAUAUGAGACAGUUGAAUGUGACAGCAAAGUAUCACAACAAACCAUCAAUUUAUUCCCUUCCUGGACACAUGGGGAGCGAGCAAUCUGCAGAAUUUACAGAGCCUUAUACAUCUAUGUGGAUCAUAUUGCUUGUGUGAUUCGGCAGAAUAGAGGUGUAAGGGUGAGUUUCUUUACACUCGUCCAGGUCAGUAAAGUCAGGAAGCAGGUGAGACACAGACUAGCUGCUCAUCAGACAGUGCAAGAGGGUGAUGAACUUUCACAGCUGGCUGGUGGGAGAUGGAAAAGAUCCACAGCUAGAGAAAAUCCUGAAUCACACACUUGGAAAGAUCAGAAGGAUUAUACUGAAAGUACAAAUGAUGGAGGAGAGAAGAACGAGCAGGAUGUUGAAGUGGAAGAUGAGAUGCUGUUGGGGCAGCAUGAUCAACCUCUUCAUUUGCAUCGCCACCGAAGCAAGACUGUAACUUUUCAGAAUGAUACAGUGUAUGAGCCAGAUCCCACUGUUUCCUUCACAACUGACUACAGAGCUUCCCAAGUGCUUUGGCCUCAUGAGAAUCAGGAGGAGCUGAAGAGGCAGAGACAGUCUCAGUUCCUCAUGUAUCGACGCCACUUCAUGGACAUUGAGCGAGAGCAAGUGAAGGAGCACCAAAGGCACAGGAAACAUCUGAAGAGAACUGCAAGGAUUAAGAAUGAAAAAGAACAACUCAGGAAAGCAGAGGAGAAGGAGAUGGAGAGGCAGCGACAGCAGGAGGAAGAAAGAAAAGACAUGGCUGAGAGGGAGUAUUUGAUUUUGGAGCGACUGAUGCUUGAUGAGGAGGAGGCAGAGAAGGUAGAGAGACGAGAGAAAACAAAGAGGAACAAAGAAAGCAAACGGUACAUACUGCACAAGUUAUCUUGCUAUGAAUACAUUGAGGCCAUGCAGGCUCUAAUGAAAGAGAAGCUGGAGAAGGAUAAACACAACUGCCUCCUCUAUGCUGCUGUGGAGACUCUUUCUGGGAGCGUCAUCCGGAUACCUGUGCCAACAACUGCAUCUUUUACAACAAUCCAAAAGCAUAUGCCCAGGCUCUGCAGUCUAUCUUGCUAAGCUGUGAUCUGAAGGAAGGAGGCUUUGGACAGCAUUCAUCCACCUGGAAGGCGUCCUCUAUGGAUGUCCAUUUUCAAAGGAAGUGAUUGUAUUCCAUCUUUAGAGUCAUUAUUGAACUUGUUUUAAGACUGGGCAGCCUGGAGUGUUGUGUUGUAAUAAUGUAAUGAUUUCAUGGUGUGAUAUGUUUUCAUUGUUCUCAUAGAUGGUUUUUAAAAUACCUGACAUACCUCUAUGUAAUUUUUUACAGAAUUUUUACUGUUUUAAUAAACCUUACUGAACUGGGAAAAUCAA